AUGUGCAUUCUUCUCUUUCUGCAUACAAUUUAAAAGUUACAAAUGACACCGUCAUGUGUGACGUAUCAUUCAUUAGAGGCGGAGGCACGUGCGCAGAGCCGCAGACUCGCAAAGCACUAGCAGACACUUUUUUUUUGACUUGGUUUUCGGGAGGAGGAAGAGUCCUGCGUAGUUUCGUUGCACCAGCCUGCAUUUGCAGAGCAAAAACAGCAUAAAUAAAAUGGAGGGUGGAAUGCGCUAGAGCAGAGCAACCCACCAGCAGCGAGCAGUCUCCUCUCCUGCUGCAACUGCAGCCAUGCCGUCGUCCACGAUGCGCCUGCUGUCCAGGCGCACCGUCACGCCUCCACCGCGCCCACGCCACCGCAUUCCGCUCACCACCUGGGACAUCUCCUUUCUCUCCGCCGACUACAUCCAGAAGGGCCUCCUCUACGCCAAGCCGCCGUUUCCCACCGACCGCCUCCUCGACCACCUCCAGGCCUCGCUCGCCCAGGCGCUCGACGCCUACUACCCCGUCGCCGGCCGCUUCGUCACGGACCAGCACCGCGACGCCAACGGUCACGUCCUCGGCUGCUCGGUCUCCAUCGACUGUGACGGCCAGGGGGUCGACAUCCUCCACGCCGUCGCCGACGGCGUCGCCGUGGCCGACGUCAUCCCGCCCGACGCACGUGUCCCGCGCCUCGUCCAGUCACUCUUCCCGCUCGACGGCGCCGUCAACCACGACGGCCACCACCUCCCACUCUUCGCCGUCCAGGUCACCGACCUCCACGACGGCGUCUUCCUCGGCUUCGCCUACAACCACGCGCUCUCCGACGGCACCGCACUAUGGAGAUUCAUCAACGUAUGGGCGGGCAUCGCGCGCGACAGCCCCUCCCCAUCCCCAGCUCCGCCGCCGCCGCCCUUGCUGGAGCGCUGGUCGCCCGACGCCGGCCCAACCACACCGCCGGUCGUCCUCCCCUACCCCGACCUCACGGGGCUCAUCGAGAGGCUGCCCCCGCCGCCACUAUGCGAGCGCAUGCUGCAAUUCUCGGCCGAAACCCUGGAGGCGCUCAAGGACCGGGCGCGGCAGGAGCUCCUGGCGGCCGGGGAUACGGCCGGCGCGGCCGCCGUUACCAAGUUCCAGGCGCUCAGCUCGCUUGUGUGGCGCUCCGUCACCCGCGCGCGCCGCAUGCCGCUCGGCCAAACAACCUUUUGCCGCGCCGCCAUCAACAACCGCACGCGCCUCCGCCCGCAGCUUCCGCCGGAGUACUUCGGGAACACCAUCUACGCCAUCGCAACGGAGGCCGUCACCGCGGGGGAUCUGCUGGAGCGCGGCCACGGCUGGGCCACGGCGGCCGUCGGCCGCGCGGUGGCGGCGCACACGGACGACGCCAUCCGGGCGCGCGUGGCCGCGUGGAUGGCCAACCCUGUCCUGUACAACCUCAGGUUCUUUGACCCCAACGGCAUCAUGAUGGGCAGCUCGCCGCGGUUCGACAUGUACGGCGGCUGCGACUUCGGCUGGGGGCCGCCCCUGGCGCCGCGCAGCGGCAGGGCCAACAAGUCCGACGGGAAGGCGUCGCUGUACCCCGGCCGGGAGGGAGCCGAAAGCAUCGCCGCGGAGCUUGUGCUGACGUCGGAGCACAUGACGCUGCUGGAGCAAGACGACGAGUUCUGGGCGGCCGUUUCGCCCGACAGGCCUUUUCCGCCGGCAGCGCUAGCCGCCCAGCCAAAGUCAGACAGACACUGACAGCCACAGAGCAUACAAUAAAUAUAUCUCAGAUCAUAUGACUUCUAAAUCUUUCUUCUUACUCACCCGAUCUUUGGAAUUAAAUUCCAUUUUAAUAAAGUAAUUUAGUUAAAGAUCAAUUAAAUUAAUAUAUUUUUAUUUAAAAUAUAUUUAUAUAAUAUUAUUAGCAAUAUGUGAUACAUUUAUGUGCUAUAUUUUUUACCAUAGAGAAGUGAGUCUAAAAGUGUAUUAUAAGUUGCAGAGUAGAAACAUAUUCCACUAAUAUAUAAAAUCAUUUCUUAUAAAA